ACUAAGCAAUAGGAAUAGCUGGGUUUAUUAGCAAAAAUACAAUCAUAACAGUGGCGACGAGGAAAAAGGAAAAUUCAUUCAAAAUGCCUAUAUCAGAUGACUAGCUCAACCGAAUACUACAACAACAGCAAGCACAACUUGAUGCACAAAUGCGGUUGUUGGAGACUCUGAUGCAACAGUUUAGCAUCCAAAACUCGAGUUCACAUGCUGUUUCAAGUAUUUCUUGUGAUGCAGUUGCUAGCAGCAUCCCAGAAUUCAUCUAUGAUCCCGAAAGUGGAAAUACUUUUCUCACGUGGUUCAAGCGUUGGGAAGAUACAUUUAGAAUAGAAUUCUGUCAACAAGAUGACGCAUAGAAGACUCGGUUGUUGAUGCGUAAGUUGGGAAGCAAUGAGCAUGCACGUUAUGCUGAUCAUAUAUUGCCAAUGUUACCUCGAGAGCUCAGUUUCGAGGAGACAGUAACGCAGUUGUCAGAGAUAUUCGGCGAAUCUUUCUCAUUGUUUAGUGUUCGAUAUCAGUGUCUGAAUUUGGUGAAACGUGAUGCCGAUGAAUAUGGUGCUCUAGCAGACGUCGUCAACAGAGAGUGUGAACGGUUCAAGUUACGCUCGUUGACAGAAGAUCAAUUUAAAUGCCUUGUAUUCAUCAAAGCUCUGCAGUCACCACAAGAUGCUGAAGUUAGAACCAGACUUCUAAUUCGUUUGGAUCAAGACCCAAACGUCACACUCAAGACAUUGACAGAUGAGUGUAAACGACUACAAAACAUCAGACAUGACAAUCAGUUAAUUGAACAGGUAAAUUCUAAUUUAACCUGUAGUAGUGUAAAUGCUGUGACUAGGUUAAAAAGUCAGAAGCCCAAUAAAACUCAUAACAAACCAACGGAUGCCUGUUGGUUAUGCGGCGAUUGGCAUUAUGUACGGUUCUGCCCAUUUAAGAAGUAUAAAUGUCAGGUGUGCAACAGACGUGGUCAUAAAGAAGGCCAUUGUCCACCGAAUCGUACGUCCCAGCCCAAGAAGUAUAAACGUCCUCCACGUGUGGUGAAAUCAGCUGAAUCUAAAUCACUUUCUCUGGUAGCAGCCUUUCAAACAGACUAUGACAUUCGGAGAAAGUAUGUUACUAUCCAGAUUAAUGGUAUAGCGGUUCGUCUCCAAAUUGACACAGCAUCCGAUAUCACCCUAGUGUCUAGAGAAACGUUUAACCUGCUUGGGAAACCGCCAAUGAAGCCAUCCAAGAAAACGACUAAAAACGUAUCUGGAGGCGUACUAAAACUAGCUGGCGAAUUACAAUGUGAAUUUUCUUUCAAUGGAAAUAGCUGUAAAGGAGUAUGCUAUCUAACAGAACGAUCGAACCUUGAUCUACUUGGUCUAGAUAUGUUAGAAAAGCUUGGAUUAAUGGAUAUACCCAUCAACAGCGUGUGUAACGUGUCGUGUCCAUCAUUAGACACCACUUCAUAAGCAAAAAAGACAGGUAAAAAGGUUCCAGAAAUACGGAGUGUAGCAGUAGCGGCAAUUCGAAACACUCUAGUGUCGUCAGGUGAAGUCAGAAAAGACUUUUCAGCAUUUUGUCAGCAGAACGGAAUCAGACACAUCAGAACACCUCCAUUCCAUCUGCAAUCGAAUGGUCAGGUGGAACGCUUUGUUGGUACGUUCAAAAACGCCACCGACGAGAUCUUAGAGAGGUUCCUGUUUAUCUACCGUUCUACGCCGAACCCUCAAACAACAAAUGGGGUCUCUCCAGCGGAAGCGUUACUUUUCAGAAAAAUAAGGACACGUUUCGAUGUCAUCCGUCCGACGCCAGCUCGUGAACCCCAACGAGACUUAUCGAUGGAAAAGCAGUUCAAUCGACACCAUGGGGCACAAAGACGAUUGUUCACGGUGGGUCAAAAAGUACUUGCUAUGGACUAUCGUGGUAAACAUCCUACGUGGACAGCUGGUCGGAUCGUGAGAAAGAAAGGGAAUGUAGUUUAUGAGGUGUCAGUUGGCUCAGAUUCUGGGUUCGAAUCUCGCGAGAGCG